AUGACACUCGACGAUAAAGAUCACAAGAACAACGACGAGGAGGGUGGCGACACAUACUCGGAUGUCUAUGAAGAGUUCUACUCGUCUUCCGCCCAAUUGUUGGUGGAAACGCUGAAUCAAGAGAUUCGGUCAUCGCCUGCAUAUACUGAGACGAACACCUCAGACUCUCAAGCGCAUGCUCCCUCCUCCUUGACGUUCCUCCGCGUGGAGGUCGUAGGCAGGUGGUCUACCUCGACUGGGGCUGAUGGUCAACGCCCCGGUACACUUCACCCUGCGCAUCGGCAUACCGUUGCUGAAGCUCUCUCUGAGAUGACUGAGGACCUAAACUCUUCCAUUGCAUCCCAGUUGCCGAAGUCGACGCCAGAGGAGACAGCAAUCCUCGUUCAAAGAACCCUGUUCCGGAUGGUAGAGAUGAUGGGAUUUGAUGGUGAUGUGCACGUUACACCAACUCCAGGUGGUACUCAGGAGAACAGGCGUCUUACCAUCAUGGAGAGAGAGUCGGCCAAUAACUUGGGUACUGUUGGGUCAUGGGGUAAAGGGAGCAAUACACUGGUUCAUGUCAUUGAGACAUGA